GCUUUUUCUGAAGAAAGAUUCGAGUGCUUCAUUUUGCAGUUCUUAUCUGAUGAGCAUGCUGUGUUGUCUGAACCUAGCAACAGAAGAAGUUCGCUCGCCUAUAAAUUCCAUGCAAAGGACCACCAGAUCAUCACACCAAGCGGAGACACUCCCCCGUCACAUAAACUGGUCAAGCAACUGAAUCCAACCAUGAAGGCAGCAUUUGCGCUCUUCCUUGUCCUCAUGCUGAUCGUGGCAGUUCUACAAGCCGAUGCAAAGCCCAUGAAUCUGCGUGGGCGUCGGCUUGCCGAUGCGAGAAUGGGCCGCAAAGCUGUUGCUGGCAGUAGCGGUGCUACCGUUUCUUCUACUUCUGCUGCUACUAUUACUUCAAGCAAUACCGAUUCCACAAGCACUACUAGUACUUCUUCUACUCCUACCGCUGCUACUACCACAGGCAACACCGACGCUCAAACCGAGCCCCAGCGGGAGAAGAACGCCGGAUUCAACAAUUACUCAAGCACUCCAGCCGACUCUAGCGGCGAUGGUACUCACCAUGUGAUCACGGGCCCCUAAACUGCCCGGUUGGGAGGUGGGGAUGGUCAGUCUAAAUGUAAAUUAUAGGAUGAAUGAAUAAGUUGGGAAACCUCAUGUUUAAAGCAUAGAUCUUAUGCAUGGCACAUGUUGAUUUCCACCAGAAAGUUGAAAUGAUCAGCUUUUUUGUACCCUUUAUGGUGUCUCUCUUGUGUGAUUUAAGUUUGAUGCAACAUGUAUGUCGUGAUCAUAGCUGGCCCUUAGGCCAUACCUGCUAUGUGGUUUGUCUACUACAAGAUAUGGAAAUAAAGAAACCGGGCCGUAGCUAGGUUUUAUGUGGUUAUAGAA